AUGUUGACCACUACCUUUACAAGCAGUCCGGGGAUAGCAGCCGUUCAACCCAUUGGCUUCGCACCUGGCUGCGGGGGCGUAGUUUCGACCGUGCAAUGUGCCGUUGCUCCCUUCGCCCUGGCGACUGUGUCCGACACCUUCCAGAAUCUACAGGGGACCUUGGGAGCUUUGACCGUUGGUCCUGCAGGAGCUACCGUUGUGUCUGCUGCCACAAGAACAACCGUCAUUGUCACGGUGGAGCUGACUCUUCCCUACACCGUGGACCUUCAAGAUACGUCAUCACAAGCCUAUACCAACUUGAGCGUAACUAUUGAAAAUGCGGUCCUGCAAGUAUUUGCUGCCAACCCAGCAGACAUCCAGUCGGUGUCCAUCACGUCGGUGGCCCCAGGAGCGACCGCAACAAGCACAUCAGUGACUGUAAGUGUAGUAACGCUAGGUGCAAAUGUCGACGUCACCACCCAAAUCAUCGUCAAUACCACAGCGGCGGGAGUGCAGCUUGGAAACCUGCCUGUAGUGUCGUCUACCGUUGGAGAUACUACUCCUCCAUGUAGAGCUGUAGCAGACAUCGUCUUCCUUGUGGAUGGCACCGGCAGCGUCGGCUUGGAGAACUUCGAGCGAAUGAAGACCUUCAUCAGGCAGCUCUUUGCCUACUUGGAUAUCGGAGAAAACGCCGUUCGCGUCUCCAUCGUUCAGUAUGCAGCCCAGGCGCGCACAGAAUUCUUUCUUGACCAGUACUACGAUCUCCAGGAGGCGCAAGAUGCAGUGGAUGGUAUUGAUUACAUGGGCGGCUACACGCUGACGGGUAAGGCCAUCGACUUCGCCACUAAUCUGCACUUCGACCUGAGGAAGGGCGCGCGAGCCGACGUCACCAAGAUAGCCGUUGUCAUCACCGACGGCAUAUCCUAUGACGACGUCAACCGUCCUGCUCGGAGGAUGCGCCAGGCAGGAAUCGUCACCAUUGCUGUCGGUGUGGGCAAUAACUUGGACAGAGACCAGCUGCUAGCUAUCGCAGGAGAUCCGAGGACUCUUCUGUCUCUAGAUGACUUCGACAGACUUCAGGACUUGACUACUUCUCUGCCCACCAUGAUUUGCGACGUUGGAACAAGUCAGCAAAUUGUCGUCUCCAUCUGCAUCACCACGACGUACGGUACGGACCUUCUGAACGCCAACUCCAGUGACUCCACGGCACUUUUCCAGCAAGUGGUUCAAGGGUUGACCACUACCUUUACAAGCAGUCCGGGGAUAGCAGCCGUUCAACCCAUUGGCUUCGCACCUGGCUGUGGAGGCGUAGUUUCCACCGUGCAAUGCGCCGUUGCUCCCUUCGCCCUGGAGACUGUUUCCAACACCUUCCAGACUCUACAGGUGAACUUGGGAGACUUGACCAUUGUUCCUGCGGAAACUACCGUUGUGUCUGCUGCCUCAAGAGCAACCGUCAUUGUCACGGUGGAGUUGACUCUUGACUACACCGUUGACCUUCAAGAUACGUCAUCACAAGCCUACAUCGACUUGAGCGUCACUAUCGAAAAUGCGGUCCUGCAAGUCUUUGCUGCCAACCCAGCAGACAUCCAGUCGGUGUCCAUCACGUCGGUGGCCCCAGGAGCGUCCGCAACAACCACAUCAGUGACUGUAAGUGUAGUCACGCUAGGUGCAAAUGUCGACGUCACCACCCAAAUCAUCGUCAACACCACAGCGGCGGGAGUGCAGCUUGGAAACCUGCCAGUAGUGUCGUCUACCGUUGGAGAUACUACUCCCCCAUGUUCGGCAGUAGCAGACAUCGUCUUCAUUGUGGAUGGCACCGGUAGCGUCGGCUUGGAGAACUUCGAGCGAAUGAAGACCUUCAUCGGGCAGCUCUUUGCCUACUUGGAUAUCGGAGAAAACGCCGUUCGCGUCUCCAUCGUUCAGUAUGCAGCCCAGGCGCGCACAGAAUUCUUCCUUGACCAGUACUACGACCUCCAGGAGGCGCAAGAUGCAGUGGAUGGUAUUGAGUACAUGGGCGGCUACACGCUGACGGGUAAAGCCAUCGACUUCGCCACCAAUCUGCACUUCGACCUGAGGAAGGGCGCGCGAGCCGACGUCACCAAGAUAGCCGUUGUCAUCACCGACGGCAGAUCCUAUGACGACGUCAAUCGUCCUGCUCGGAGGAUGCGCCAGGCAGGAAUCGUCACCAUUGCUGUCGGUGUGGGCAAUAACCUGGACAGAGACCAGCUGACAGCUAUCGCAGGAGAUCCAAAGACUCUUCUGUCCCUGGAUGGUUUCGACAGACUUCAGGACUUGACUACUUCUCUGCCCACCAUGCUUUGCGACGUUGGUACAAGUCAGCAAAUUGUCGUCUCUAUCUGCAUCACCACGAUUUACGAUACGAACCUUCUGAACGCCAACUCCAGUGACUCCACGGCACUUUUCCAGCAAGUUGUUCAAGGGUUGACCACUACCUUUGCAAGCAGUCCGGGGAUAGCAGCCGUUCAACCCAUUGGCUUCGCACCUGGCUGUGGAGGCGUAGUUUCCACCGUGCAAUGCGCCGUUGCUCCCUUCGCCCUGGAGACUGUUUCCAACACCUUCCAGACUCUACAGGUGAACUUGGGAGACUUGACCAUUGUUCCUGCGGAAACUACCGUUGUGUCUGCUGCCUCAAGAACAACCGUCAUUGUCACGGUGGAGUUGACUCUUGACUACACCGUUGACCUUCAAGAUACGUCAUCACAAGCCUACAUCGACUUGAGCGUCACUAUCGAAAAUGCGGUCCUGCAAGUCUUUGCUGCCAACCCAGCAGACAUCCAGUCGGUGUCCAUCACGUCGGUGGCCCCAGGAGCGUCCGCAACAACCACAUCAGUGACUGUAAGUGUAGUCACGCUAGGUGCAAAUGUCGACGUCACCACCCAAAUCAUCGUCAACACCACAGCAGCGGGAGUGCAGCUUGGAAACCUGCCAGUAGUGUCGUCUACCGUUGGAGAUACUACUCCCCCAUGUUCGGCAGUAGCAGACAUCGUCUUCAUUGUGGAUGGCACCGGUAGCGUCGGCUUGGAGAACUUCGAGCGAAUGAAGACCUUCAUCAGGCAGCUCUUUGCCUACUUGGAUAUCGGAGAAAACGCCGUUCGCGUCUCCAUCGUUCAGUAUGCAGCCCAGGCGCGCACAGAAUUCUUCCUUGACCAGUACUACGACCUCCAGGAGGCGCAAGAUGCAGUGGAUGGUAUUGAGUACAUGGGCGGCUACACGCUGACGGGUAAAGCCAUCGACUUCGCCACCAAUCUGCACUUCGACCUGAGGAAGGGCGCGCGAGCCGACGUCACCAAGAUAGCCGUUGUCAUCACCGACGGCAGAUCCUAUGACGACGUCAACCGCCCUGCUCGGAGGAUGCGCCAGGCAGGAAUCGUUACCAUUGCUGUCGGUGUGGGCAAUAACUUGGACAGAGACCAGCUGACAGCUAUCGCAGGAGAUCCAAAGACCCUUCUGUCCCUGGAUGGUUUCGACAGACUUCAGGACUUGACUACUUCUCUGCCCACCAUGCUUUGCGACGUUGGUACAAGUCAGCAAAUUGUCGUCUCUAUCUGCAUCACCACGAUUUACGAUACGAACCUUCUGAACGCCAACUCCAGUGACUCCACGGCACUUUUCCAGCAAGUUGUUCAAGGGUUGACCACUACCUUUGCAAGCAGUCCGGGGAUAGCAGCCGUUCAACCCAUUGGCUUCGCACCUGGCUGUGGAGGCGUAGUUUCCACCGUGCAAUGCGCCGUUGCUCCCUUCGCCCUGGAGACUGUUUCCAACACCUUCCAGACUCUACAGGUGAACUUGGGAGACUUGACCAUUGUUCCUGCGGAAACUACCGUUGUGUCUGCUGCCUCAAGAACAACCGUCAUUGUCACGGUGGAGUUGACUCUUGACUACACCGUUGACCUUCAAGAUACGUCAUCACAAGCCUACAUCGACUUGAGCGUCACUAUCGAAAAUGCGGUCCUGCAAGUCUUUGCUGCCAACCCAGCAGACAUCCAGUCGGUGUCCAUCACGUCGGUGGCCCCAGGCCUCUCUGCAACUAGCACUUCCGUGACCAUCGGUGUUGUUGCUGUUGGUGACAACACAGCAGCCACUACUUCCCAAAUUGUUAACAUCACAGCGCCUGGUGUACUGCUUGGAAAUUUGCCUGUUAUAUCAACAGACAUUGGAGAUACCCCCCCACCAUGUCCAGCCGCUAUGGACCUUGUUUUUGUUCUGGAUGGCACGGGUAGUGUUGGUGAAGAGAACUUUGAGAGUAUGAAAACCAUUGUUCAGAAGAUAGUGGCGGAUUUCAGCAUCAGUCCCAGCCAGACCCGUGUUGGUAUAAUCCAGUAUGCUAACACCCAGCGAAUGGAGAUCAGCCUUGAUGCAUACAGCGAUGUGGACAGCUUACAGCAAGCCAUUGCUGACAUCGAAUACAUGGGUGGGGGCACCCUUACCGGACAAGCUCUUGAUUACACAAGGAAGUUUGGUUUCUCUCCCAACAACGGAGCUCGUCCUGAUGUUGUGCAAGUGGCAAUCGUGAUCACGGAUGGGGUCUCUAAUGAUGAAGUGUCAAACCCAGCACAAAGGAUGCGUAAGGCACAAAUUGUCACCUAUGCAGUUGGGAUUGGUAGCAACCUGGACAAUGAUCAACUCCUCUCUAUUGCCGGGACUUCUGAAAAUGUCAUCGUGGUUUCUGACUUUAACCGCCUGACAGACUUGGCAACCACUCUACCACAACAAGUUUGUGAAGUUGGCAAAGGUGCCCAGCUCUUCAUCAGUCUUUCCAUCACAUCUGUGACAUUUACCAAUGAUCUCCUCAAUGCGGACUCAUCGGCAUAUGUGACACUUGUCCAGCAGGUCAAUGUAGGGGUCACUCAAACCUUGGGCAAUGUUGCUGGACUGAAUAUCAUCCAAGUGAUCAACUUUGUACCUGCGACUUCUGGAGUAGUUGUUUACUGCCAGGGAAUAGCUGGUCUUUGGGCAUCAGACUCGGUGACACAGUCCAUUGCCUCACUACCAGCCUCUUUUGGACCCCUGACCAUUGACCCAGCAACAAUUGAAGUUGCACCAACAGAUACUGUGGGUUUGUAUGUAUCAAUGGAAGUACAAGAGUCAUUCAAUGGUGAACUCAUGGACCAAUCAAGUGUUACCUUCCAGACACUCAGUACCAGUCUACAAGUCAGCACAUUCAACGAAUUUCAAGAGGCACUGUCUGUCAGCAUUGUUCAAUUCAGUGCAGGCUCCAUUGCCACCACCACCUAUGUUGUGCUGCUCAUCAUGGUGAAGACAUCAGUUCAAACUACCUUCAUCCAAAACUUUGAUGCUGCCAUCCAGUCUGGCUCAUAUGGAACUCUAACUGUUGUCUCUGGUUCUAUCGCCACAACAGAGCCCACCUGCCCAAAUCAGCUGGAUAUCAUCUUUGUGCUGGAUGGAUCUGGUAGCAUCGGAACUGACAACUUUGAGAGGAUAAAGACAUUUGUCAGCAAGGCUGUGACUCGCUUCAACAUCGGACCCACCCAGACCCAGAUUGGUGUCAUUCAGUACAGCAACCAGCCCCAGUCAGAGAUCCUCCUGAACGACCAUCAAGACGCAGCAUCUCUCCAACAGGCAAUCUCCAGUAUCAACUACCUCCAGGGUGGUACCAACACAGGGAAAGCCUUGAGGUAUCUCGCAAAUAAUGCCUUCUCGGGCAAGAACGGCGCCCGUGCGGGAGUCAGUAAGGUUGCAAUUGUCGUCACUGAUGGCAGGUCGUCUGAUGAUGUUGUGCGACCUGCACUGAAUGCUGGGAAAGAGGGCAUCGUUUUGUACGCAGUAGGGAUUGGAGGUUCGGUGGACUACCAGGAGCUGAGGGAUAUUGCCAGCUCAGAUGAUAAGGUUGUCAACGUGACCGACUUUAGUGGAUUGCAGAGCGUGGGGAAUACACUCCCAGACCAGGUUUGCCAAACUGGAGUUGAGGUCUUUGUCCAAAUUCCGAUCACCGGUCAGACCUUCAAUGCAGAGCUGCUCAACCCCCUCUCAGUGGAAUAUUCAACCUUCAGUGCUGUCAUUGCAGGCUGGGCUACAAGAACGUUGCAGGGUGUGUCUGGAUUCCAGAGCUACCAGAUUGUGGCAAUUAGACCUUCGACCAAUGGUGUGACCAUAGUGCUGCGCCUUGUAACAGCAGUCUUUGCCCAGAGUAUGGUGACCUCCACCAUCCAGACCGACCUGCAGUCUGGAAGCCUUGGAUCAUUCACUGUUAAUGCUGCUGGCAUUCAAGUUGCAACAGAAGGCUUUUCGACCAUCCAUGCCACCAUUGCUUACAUUGGCACCUUCACUGCACCACUGCUGGACCCAACUUCAACUGUCUUCAUCAGCCUGGUGCAACAGAUGGAAGUAGCACUUUUCAACAUCUUCGUCAGUGUUCAAGGCCUGUAUGCUAUUGAAGUAUUGCAGUUCAAUCCACUGCCUAACCUGAUCAUCGCGCAUGCCCAAUUCGUGAUCCAACCGUCUGCUCUGGAAGAGAUGCAGACAACCUUUGCCACAGCUGUGUCUGGUGGUCUCCUGGACACUCUGCCCGUGGAUCCUCUGAGGACAACUAUUGAAGAGUUUGAUGCUGGGUGUUUCACCCCUCUGGACAUUGCCAUACUGUUGGAUGGUUCUGACGGUGUGAGUUCGGAUGACUUCGAGGCAGAGAAGUCGUUUGCCAAACUCUUCCUGAAUGAGUUUGACAUCGGACAGGACAACAGUCGGGUGACGGUGUUCCAGUACGGAACCGAGCCCCGCCAGGAGUUUGCCCUGGACACGUAUGAAACAGACCAGGAUGUACAGGAUGCUAUAGCAGACACAGAGUACAUGGGAGGAGACAGGAACCUGGGACAGGCUAUCCGCUAUAUGGCUACCUACGGGUUCUCUGGUAGGAAUGGAGCCCGCAGGUCCAUUCCUAGUGUAGCCAUAAUCAUCACAGGCGGUGAAUCCCUGGAUGAAGUGGCCUCUGCUGCAAGCAAAGCCAGGAGAUCCGGUCUCAUCCUGUACGCCAUCGGAGUCGGGAACGCCACCGUUCCUGCAGAACUGGCUGCCAUAGCAACCACCGCUAACACCAGCUAUGCUGCAGCAAGCUUCGCUGCCCUGAAAGACCUGCGUGGCGCACUGGCAGAUGAGAUUUGCACCAUUGGCACUGUGCAGAUUGCCUCCAUGGACAUCAGUGAGGAUGUGACAGACCUGGGAGACUCUGCUGAGUACCAGGCACUCAAGGCUAAGAUUGAGCAGGAUGUGGCAGAGGUCAUCGGCCCAGCGGGUGCUGACCAGGUCAACGUCCUGGGCCUCAGGGUCCUGCCAUAGACAACAUCAAUGGCUGAAUGUGAUUCCCUUUUGUUACCCCCCCCCCCUAACAAAAAAUGCCUUGCUUUUAACAUGCGUAUUAUCUGCUAAGCAUUAUAUAUAUAUAUUAAUCACUACUUAGUUUCCUUAUUCAUUAGGAUCUUAAUUACAUAGUAUCAUACAUGUAACUGUUACUCAUUUAAUUUUACCUUCGACUAUUAAGCGCUAUGUUAUUUUUAGUGUGCUUUAAUCUAAAUAUAUCAACUGUACUAGGUAUAUUUUAUAUUAUUUUGCAAUCUGAUUUAGACUACACCUAUUUGAAGAAAGACCUGUCCAACAUCAUGAAACUUCUGUCUUUUUAUAAGAACAAUCUAACAGAAAUUCAUUUACCUUACUAAAGUUUUGGUAUAGUCUUGCUCAAAGAAGCCCUGGCCAAUGUUGUUCCUUACUUCAUAAUCAAGUGGCAAUUAGAUGCUAAUAUAUAUCAAUAAGUGAAUUUAGAUUUUAAUUUUCCUUUUGAUAGAAACUAUCACAAGUCUUUAAAUUACUUAGCAUUUAAGUCCUUUCUUAUACGCAAUUACAUUUCUGUACUAUCUAGCUGGGCAAUAUGGUUCCUUAUUUCUUAGUCAAUAAGCAAGUAGUUUCUGAUGUGUAGUUUGCAUUUUUUCUUUGAUAGAAACUAUAAUUAUUAGUGUUCACAUUGCUUAAGGUUUUUAUCCCUAUGAAUAAGUUUGCCAGGAUUGUAUCAUCCUAGAAGAGUCACUAUUCUGAGUUUGGUUACUAAUUGUGAUUAGCUGGCAAACUGAAGAUCAUCAUAUAGGGUAGCCUAUUAAAGUAAUGGCCUCUCUUAAUAGAAUUUAAAUGUCUUAAAAUAGUCUCUUUUAGAAUUUAAUGACGAUAGAGAUAUUAAGAUCUCUUACAGCUUAAGAAUUCUUACUAUGAUUAUGCUUUGUGGCAGCUGGAAUAAAGGUUUUUGCAACCAA